UUGAGUGUCUUAGCAUGAUGGUGAUCCUACUGAACUGUGUUACUCUUGGGAUGUACCAGCCCUGUGAUGAUAUGGAUUGCCUUUCCAACAGAUGUCAAAUUCUGCAGGUAUUUGAUGACUUCAUUUUCAUCUUCUUUGCAAUGGAGAUGGUCCUGAAGAUGGUGGCCUUGGGGAUUUUUGGCAAGAAAUGCUAUCUUGGAGACACUUGGAACCGCCUAGAUUUCUUUAUUGUCAUGGCUGGGAUGGUGGAGUAUUCACUGGAUCUCCAAAAUAUCAACUUAUCUGCAAUACGCACUGUUCGAGUCCUGAGGCCUCUCAAAGCCAUCAACCGUGUGCCUAGCAUGCGUAUCUUGGUGAAUCUGCUUUUGGACACUCUGCCCAUGCUGGGGAAUGUUCUGCUUCUCUGUUUCUUCGUCUUCUUCAUCUUUGGCAUCAUCGGAGUACAGUUAUGGGCUGGUCUACUGAGAAAUCGCUGUUUCAUGGAGGAGAAUCUGACCAUACAAGGUAACAUCACCCUUCCUCCAUACUACCAACCUGAGGAGGACGACGAAAUGCCCUUCAUCUGUUCACUAUCAGGAGAUAAUGGCAUCAUGGGUUGUCAUGAGAUUCCCCCACUGAAGGAGCGAGGCCAUGUAUGCUGUUUGGACAAAGAUGACUAUUUCUACUACACUUCUGUCAGACAGGAGUUCAAUGUCAGUGGAAUGUGUGUCAACUGGAAUCAAUAUUACAGUGAAUGCCGCACAGGCAAUGCCAAUCCUCAUAAAGGAGCCAUCAACUUUGACAACAUUGGCUAUGCAUGGAUUGUUAUAUUUCAGGUGAUCACACUAGAAGGGUGGGUGGAAAUUAUGUACUAUGUGAUGGAUGCUCAUUCAUUCUACAACUUCAUCUACUUCAUCUUGCUGAUCAUUGUGGGCUCAUUCUUCAUGAUCAAUCUAUGCUUAGUAGUCAUUGCUACACAGUUUUCGGAAACCAAGCAGCGAGAACACCAGCUGAUGCAAGAGCAACGAGCACGAUACCUGUCCUCCAGCACUGUGGCAAGCUAUAUGGAGCCAGGAGAUUGCUAUGAGGAGAUCUUUCAGUAUGUCUGCCACAUCGUCCGCAAAGCCAAGCGCCGCACCCUUGGCUUCUACAACAGCCUGCAGGACAGACGCCUAGGUCGGACAGAGCCAAGCACUGCCAAGCGGAACAUCAAGGAGAAAGACCAGAGGCAAUACAGGCGUUGCCGAAAACAUAACUCUGCUGAUUACAUGCCCUCACAAGGCCUUGGCCAGCCUAUUGCUGUGACUUUGACUUCUGAUCCCAGCAACUGUCCAAGAUGUCAUAAGGUCCAGCGGGAAGCAGCUCGGAGACUUUCCGUCCUUGAAAGUGCUGAUUCAGAACAAGAAGAUGGUGGAGGCCCUACAGAGGAGAAGGGAGAUGGCAAGAAAGGAAGCGUGGAAGCUGCAGACCUAGAGAAAGAGGAGGAGGAGGGGGAAGAAGGUGGCCAGGUGACACUCUGCAGUGAUGUGUGGCAAGAAGUGAGGGUCAAACUGAGAGGAAUAGUCGAGAGCAAAUACUUCAACCGUGGUAUCAUGAUUGCCAUCCUCGUGAACACCAUCAGCAUGGGCAUUGAACAUCAUGAGCAGCCAGAAGAGCUGACCAACAUUUUAGAGAUCUGCAAUGUCGUGUUUACCAGCAUGUUUGCCCUGGAGAUGAUCUUGAAACUUGCUGCCUUCGGUCUGUUUGAUUAUCUCCGCAACCCUUACAACAUUUUCGACAGCAUCAUUGUCAUUAUCAGCAUUUGGGAGAUCAUAGGCCAAGCUGAUGGAGGUCUGUCAGUGUUGAGGACAUUUCGGUUGCUGAGGGUGUUGAAGCUGGUCAGGUUCAUGCCUGCUUUGCGGCGUCAGCUGGUGGUGUUAAUGAAGACUAUGGACAAUGUGGCUACCUUCUGCAUGCUUCUUAUGCUGUUUAUUUUCAUAUUCAGCAUCUUGGGAAUGCACAUCUUUGGCUGUAAAUUCAGCCUCAGAACUGACACAGGAGAUACAGUACCUGACCGAAAGAAUUUUGACUCUCUCCUUUGGGCCAUUGUCACUGUGUUUCAGAUCUUGACUCAGGAGGACUGGAAUGUUGUGCUAUAUAAUGGCAUGGCCUCAACUUCACCGUGGGCAUCCCUGUACUUUGUGGCUCUCAUGACAUUUGGCAACUACGUUCUCUUCAAUCUGCUUGUGGCCAUCUUAGUAGAAGGAUUCCAGGCCGAGGUCUUUGAUUUUAUUUUUCCAACACAGGGUGAUGCUAACCGAUCAUUUUCAGAUGAAGAUCAGAGUUCAUCAAAUACUGAAGAGUUUGAUAAGUUCCAAGAUGCCCCAGAUCCAAAGCUUUGCACAAUCCCCAUGACCCCGAAUGGACAUCUUGAUCCCAACUUGCCUUGUCUCAACCAGCCUGGGGCAACUGCUGGAAUUGCUAAUCCUUCAUGCAAUGCACUACAGCCAGAUAAAAUCCUUGUGGCCCAUGAAUCCAGGAAAAGCAGUGUGAUGUCUUUGUCCAGCUCUCGCAGUACUCACUAUGGAGCAUGGAGUCGGGCUGGGGGCUGGGGAAGUCGACGCUCCAGCUGGAACACUCUUGCACGGGGACAUAGCCUCAAACACAAGCCUCCUUCAGCUGAGCAUGAGUCACUCUUAUCUGGAGAUAGACACAGGACAUUAGAGGGAGAACGAGAACUACCAGUAAGAAUUCAUCACCAUCGACGGACACUCUCCUUGGAUAUCAAAGGCACUUCUGAACUAGUGGAGUUGGUGCCAUCAGCACCAUCUUGUCACAGGCCAUCACGGAAAACAGGUGUGACAACAGGGCCUACUGAGCAUCAGGACUGCAAUGGUAAAAUGCCCAACAUUGCUAAGGACAUCUUUCCAGAAAUGAACAAUCGCAAGGACCAUGGAGAAGAUGAGGAAGAGAUAGACUAUAGCCUGUGUUUCCGUAUCAGAAAGAUGAUAGAAGCCUACAAGCCAGACUGGUGUGAGUUGCGGGAGGAUUGGUCCAUCUAUCUCUUCUCACCUCAAAACAAGUUUCGCAUCCUCUGCCAAACUAUCAUUGCCCAUAAGCUGUUUGAUUAUGUUGUCCUGUCCUUCAUUUUCUUGAACUGCAUCACCAUUGCCCUGGAGAGACCUCAGAUUGAGCAUGGGAGUACUGAAAGAAUCUUCCUCACGGUAUCCAAUUACAUCUUCACAGCAAUCUUUGUUGCUGAGAUGACACUGAAGGUAGUCUCCCUUGGCCUAUAUUUCGGGGAGCAGGCCUAUCUCCGCAGCAGCUGGAAUAUCCUUGAUGGCUUCUUGGUGUUUGUAUCCAUCAUUGAUAUUGUGGUUUCAGUUGCAUCUGCUGGGGGAGCCAAGAUUCUGGGGGUGUUGCGUGUUCUCCGACUGCUCCGCACUUUGCGCCCCCUCAGGGUCAUCAGCCGAGCUCCAGGCCUGAAGCUGGUGGUUGAGACGCUGAUUUCAUCACUCAAGCCCAUUGGAAACAUCGUUCUCAUUUGCUGCGCUUUCUUCAUCAUCUUUGGCAUUCUUGGAGUUCAGCUCUUCAAGGGAAAGUUCUACCAUUGCCUGGGAGUGGACAUCCGAAAUAUCACCAACAGGUCUGACUGUAUGGCUGCCAAUUACAAAUGGGUGCAUCACAAAUACAACUUCGACAAUCUGGGCCAGGCUUUGAUGUCACUCUUUGUUCUGGCUUCCAAAGAUGGCUGGGUCAACAUUAUGUACAACGGUCUGGAUGCUGUGGCGGUUGACCAGCAGCCAGUGACCAACAACAACCCUUGGAUGCUCCUUUACUUCAUUUCUUUCUUGCUCAUCGUCAGCUUCUUCGUGCUCAACAUGUUUGUAGGGGUUGUAGUAGAGAACUUCCACAAAUGUCGUCAGCAUCAAGAGGCAGAGGAAGCUCGGCGGCGUGAAGAGAAACGCCUGAGGCGCCUGGAGAAGAAACGCAGGAAGGCCCAGCGUUUGCCAUAUUAUGCCACGUAUUGCUCUGUCCGCCUUCUCAUCCAUACGGUCUGCACCAGCCAUUAUUUGGAUAUCUUCAUCACCUUUGUCAUCUGCCUCAACGUUGUCACCAUGUCCCUGGAGCACUACAACCAGCCAAUGUCUCUGGAGACUGCCCUCAAGUACUGCAACUACAUGUUCACUGCAGUCUUUGUGCUGGAGGCAGUUCUGAAGCUUGUGGCCUUUGGGCUCAGACGCUUCUUCAAAGACAGGUGGAACCAACUAGACCUGGCCAUUGUCCUCCUCUCUGUCAUGGGCAUCACCCUGGAGGAGAUUGAAAUCAAUGCUGCCCUUCCUAUCAACCCCACCAUCAUCCGUAUCAUGAGAGUGCUGCGCAUUGCUAGAGUUUUGAAGCUAUUGAAGAUGGCAACAGGGAUGCGAGCUUUAUUGGACACAGUUGUGCAAGCCCUGCCACAGGUUGGAAAUCUUGGACUGCUGUUCAUGCUCCUUUUUUUCAUCUAUGCUGCUUUGGGAGUGGAGCUCUUUGGGAAACUUGUAUGCAAUGAUGAGAAUCCCUGUGAGGGCAUGAGCCGUCAUGCCACCUUUGAGAACUUUGGGAUGGCUUUCCUCACACUUUUCCAGGUCUCCACUGGUGACAACUGGAAUGGAAUAAUGAAGGACACACUACGUGACUGCACCCAUGAUGACCGGAGUUGCCUCAGCAACCUGCAGUUCAUCUCGCCUCUGUACUUUGUCAGCUUUGUGCUCACCGCCCAGUUUGUCCUCAUCAAUGUAGUAGUAGCUGUGCUCAUGAAACAUCUAGAUGACAGCAACAAGGAAGCCCAAGAAGAUGCAGAAAUGGAUGCUGAGAUUGAGCUGGAGAUGGCACAUGGGAUGUAUCCCCAUAGCUCACUGAACCCUGGACAAGAUGGAGGAGGUGGAAGAAUGGACCCCGAAGGACAUCUGUGCAUGGCAUGCUUCUCUCCUGCCCAGGAGAACUUAUGGCUGGACAGUGUCUCUUUAAUUAUUAAGGACUCCUUCGACGGGGAGUUAAUGAUCAUCGAUAACCUAUCGGGCUCCGUCUUCCAUCAUUACUCCUCGCCGGCCAUGUGCGAGAAGUGUAACCAUGACAAGCAAGAGGUCCAGCUGGCUGAAAUGGAAGGCUUAUCCCUUAACUCUGAUAAGUCUUCUGUCCUCCUUGGGGAUGACGAAGAUAACCAGAGUGGGGAUCUGCCAAGCCCCAAGGAAACCAAGGAUGGUGAUGACAGCCCUAACUCCAUGGGGGUUACACCUGUGGAGGAAUGUCUCUUCCCUUUAACAAGUACAGAUGCUCCUCCUGCUCCAGAAAGCUACCUUUGUGAAAUGGAGAAAAUCCCUUUCAGUCCAGUCCAGUCUUGGCUAACAAAUGAGAGCAACCAAGAUCCUCCCAGCCCCUUCUCUCCAGAUGCAUCUCAUCCUCUGUUGCCUGUACCAGCAGAGCAUUUCCUUCCAGCUGUUUCUGCCAGUCAGCCAAGUCAGGAGGAAGCUUCCUGCCCAGAGACUCUCCCUAAAAUCUCUCUGCAGGCUUCUUGGGCUUCACUACAAUCUCAAAAUGUGAACUGUUCACUUGUCCAUCAGACCACAGAGAGUGACACCUCCUUAGAUGACAGCAGGAGCAACAGCUCAGAAGGAAGUUUGCAGACCACACUGGAGGACAGCUUAAACCUGAGUGACUCACCCCAGUGUGCCCUUGACCUCCCAGUAGCACUGUGUCCAGUGCCGGCAACAGCCACCCAAAAAGCCUUGGCCGCACCGCUUUCCCCUGCUUCUCGAAGGCAGAGUUUAAGGGGACGUGGAAUCUUCACUCUUCGGAACAUCAGGCGGCACCAGCGUAGCCACAGCAGCGGAGGAAGCACUAGUCCAGGGUGCCCUUACCAUGACUCCAUGGACCCUUCUGAUGAGGAGGGUGCCGGGAGCAGCCUAAAGGGUGGAGGCAACAACAGUGAGCAGUCAGAGACCCUCAGCAGCCUCUCUCUGACUUCUUUGUUCUCACCACCCCCUCCACCCCAAGGUCUGGCACUGAUAAAGAAGUGCAACAGCACCAGCAGUCUCCAUGCCAACUCUUCUUCGCGGGGUUCUGCAGCGACAGAAACCAAGCAGCUCUACUCAGUUGACCCAAGGGGUUUUUUAUCCAUGCCCUCAUGGAUGACGGAUUUCUACAAGAACAGCCCUUCUGCUAGAGAGGGUGGCAUGGCAGGAGGCUCAGGCAGGAUUGGGACUGCAGACCGCAGCUCCCCAAUUCCUUCAGAGCUGCAGCUGGGGAGUGGAGUCAGCAAGAGGAAUAGAUGAGUCUCCUCGGGGCAGGGAGGAAGAAUGAAACGUAAACAAGGAGCGUGUUUGGGCUACCAUUUCCUAUUAGCAGUUCCAAAUGGCAGGACUGUGGAAAAGGAAGCAAGCAACCACGCAAAAUAUAAAUAUGUACGUCCGUGUGUGUAUGUGUGCGCGUGCGUGCGUAUGUGUGGAAAACAAAGACUUUUGUACCAUACCUCAGAGACAAAAGAGAGUGAAAGCAAUAUGUGAACACCCCACCCAUGCAUGGGACCAUCGCCUCUGCAAAGACGACCGUGGAGCAAGGGAGUCAAAAGAUGAGAGCGCUGGGUUAAGAGGGUGAAGAGUCUCCAGCCAAAUUAUUGGCUGGAGGCAGCCAUUUACUCCUCUACAUAAAAAAUAUAUAUGUACAGACAUAUAGAAUGAUUUAUUUAUUUUUUUUACAGAGAGCUUAGGACUUCCAGCAAGUGCUAAGUGUGAAAAGGGCCAGAUCUUAGAGGAAAUAUUUCAAAAUGAAAUGAGGAACCAAGCUGGAUUUUAGGGCUUGGGUAUCUUUUUUGAGGAAAAUUGUAUUGUUCAUGCUUUAAUUUGGGGGAAGGGGGGAUUGUCUAUUACCCAGUCAGGGUGAGUACAAUGAACCAGAUGUGUGAAGAUGCUCCAUGCAGAUGUUGGGACGGGGUACAACAAGAUCUGGAGUUGAAGUUUGCUGUUACUGUGUUAUUGAGCUUUUCGAGCAAUGUCAGUGAAACUCCAUUCCUUACAUGUUAACUCUGCAGAGCCUGCUCCUCCAGCUAAAAGGUUGAGGUGAGCUUUGGAGCAUUAAAAGGAAGUAAAGUGUCAAUGUGGAAAGAAGGAGAAGAACAGUCACACAAUGAUUACUGAGUACUCUGUUUCACUUCAAGUUUGCUUUUUUAAAAAAAAUGCAGAGAGAAAGCUGCUUGCGGGAAACUUCUCUGUUUCGCUAAGGGUGUGGGGUUUAUAUUUUUAUUUUCAGUACUUGUGAAGAAUAUAUUUUAGAAGCCCAGAGGUACAAAAACCAUCUCUAGAGAAAGGUAAGCUAUUUUUACAAAUAUAUAAAAAGGUGAAGAAAACAACCUCAAGAGAAUGAGCAAGAGGAACAGAAUGAACCUGUCGUAUAAAGUGUAACUAGCUCUCUAGUUACCUGGAACUUGUAUGGCGUCCCACGGAAAUGUAUUUCUGAGUGAUCUUUUUAAAAGACUGUGAACCAUUUCCCUCCAAUGCUCUUGUAUGGCUUUGUGAUUUAAAUCCAGUGUGGUGACUCCUGGAUAACACCAGACAAAGUUCCUCCAGCCGUUCUAAACAUUCAAAGCAAUUAGCACUUUUUUGGCUCUAACACCAGAAGUUGAUAGUGAGGGCCAAACUUUGCAACAUAGUAUAGCACUGUGUGUAUGUUUUUAAAAACUAUAAAUAACUGCUGCUAGGGGGGUAAAGGAUUGGGAGCAUAUUGUGCUGGGAGAAGGGAUCUUACUGCUCCAAAGUCUUACUAAAUGCCACCUAAACCCAUUGGCUGCUAUUUGGCAAAGGACAGAAGCUCCUGUUCCUCUCAAUGAGUCCUCCCCUCCCAUGCCAAGUGUCAACUUCCAUAAACAAUUCUAAUCAGAAGCAAAUCAAAGUCGUUAAAUUGUCUCCCUAGUUGUCGCAUUAUUGUACCCAUCAAAACCACAGCAGCUGAUAUUUACAGUUUAUAGAUGUGAUGACACCAAGCUACAUGUUAAAUGUCACAUGCAGCUUGGCCUUGUGAGAAUGAGAAAGAGAGUAUAUGUAUGUGUAUAUGCAAUACAAUGGGUUAUUUGUUUACUAGUGAAUGUUUGGAAGGGUUGCUCCUUACAUUUUCAGUGCUUUGUACAUGAAGAGUGGAUUGAUCACCCGGGAGGUUUGUGGGAGUUAGUAAUAAGAUGAGGGAGUCACUCUCCAAAUUUUUUUAAAAGGCCACCUUAUCUCUCCCUGUUAGAUAACACAUCCCCAGUGAUUCAGUCCUCCUUUCAGGGUGCCUUUUAUCUGAUCUGACUAGCCAAGCUCUCUGCCAAGGCUGGUUUCAGUAAAGCAUUCAUGAUCAAUUUCAGUUACAAGGCAGGGUCUGGACAUUCAGAUAUAACUUGAAAGCAAAGUUGCCAACAGACCAGAAAAAAAACCCACAGGCUCCUAUGCCUUUGACAGAAGCAUGAUCUACAGAAAGUUGCAAUAAGUGUAUUUACGUAAAGUUUUAAUUUUUAAAAAUUAACAGAAAAAAGUUGGAAGUGAAACUCCCCAUAACAUGGAGAUAAAACAUUUUCCCAAACUUUUUGCUGAAAAUUAAAACCCUGUUAAAGGCAUGCCUGCAGAGGGUUUUUGAAAAGUUGGUAACCAACUUAAAGGGCUUUGGAAAUAUAUAUAUACUGAAGGAUUUUAAUACUCUUUCCAUCUAGCUCAUUCUUCUCUACUGAGAGUCCUUCCAGACAGUCUCAAAUCACAAAAGCAACUAGUAUUUAAAUUCCUGAUUCCUUUCAUGAUUUAGGCCACACAUAGGGUCCAAAUCCCAGGUUUUUCCUGGGUGAGUGACUACAUGCCCUCUACUAGCAAGCCCCCAGCCCCCUGUUUCUCCUAGUACAUUUACAGGAGAAACAAGGGGCUGGGAGAGGAGUGUGGGGAAUUCCCAAAGAACUGCAACGUCAGUGGGGGUUGGCCCCUGGAAUCACAGAAGACAGUCCCAGGAGUCAAUCCCCAAGAACUGAAAAGAUCCAGAUCUUGCAGUAGGGUUCAGAUCUUUUCAGGUGUUUUGUAAAACUGGAAUAAAUAGGGAAAUCCUGAUUAGAUUUAUCCGAAUUAACCUGAGGCAUUGUUUGGACAUCUCAGGUUAAACUGAAAUCCAUCACAGGUUUUGGGUCUGUGUGGAAGGGCCCUGAGAGUCACAUACCCAGUAGUAGGGGAGAGGGUUGUUUUUCAGAAUAAGGCAUUUCUUUCUCCCACUAGUUGUGGUGGACCACACCUGUCUGUGUAUAUCUGGGUCCCUUCUGCAUACCUGGGCCAAAGUUGCAGCCUUUUCAACAGCCAUGACUGCUGCAGCAUAAGGAUUUUAAAAAUCAGAACAUUCCUGACUUAUAUGUCAAAACAGCUGCUUUGUUCUGUGUAAUGAGGCAGUAAAUACCAAAUGUAUCACAAUGAACAGGAGAUGGAAUUUUAACAUUGAAUUCAUCUCUUGGAUAGUCACAUAUCUUUCAUAGAGAAUAUAAAAGCAAACUGGCCAAUGUCUAAGAGACCAAGAGAGUCCACUGCUUCAGAGACGUCACUGGUCUAUGUUAAUAAAGCAAUAACAGUGGUCUUAAUUUUCA